AUAUAACAUAAUGCAGAACUGUUGGAAGGAGAUUCCAUCCGAAAGGUGUACUUUCAAAGAGCUGGCAGAAAAAUUUGACAAAAUCUUGCAGCUAGUAGCUAACAAAGAGUACCUGGAUAUACAGCCAUCAAACAAUAUGGCCACCCUGCCAGUAUACUUGGGCGACGAGGACAAUGAACCAGACGAAGGUUCAGAGGAAGCUUUGAUGAACAGCUCUAUGGAUAAAGAUUCGGACAGUGGCUCCCCCAUGUGUCCAGCCACAACAGGCGCCCUCUAUCUUAGCAGUGUGAGGAAUCAGAGGAAUGACGAGAAUCUUUGCUCAACCAAUCCCAUGUCUGUGCGACUUUGAAGAAUUGAAGAGUGGAAUUUUGGGAAUGAAUUAGUAUCAGUUUAGUGUGUGUGUGAAUGAAUGAAUUCAGUGCUCAAUUAAUUCUCUGUCUGAGAAAACUGUUUUUUAUUUAUUUCAGACUUUGAACUUAUGAGUCUCAUUAUUAUCAGCCCAUUAUUAUGUAUUAUAGAAUGAUGGAAGUGCAAGAUUUGUUCAAGCAGCUAUUUUUCUGCAUGAUGUAGCAGCAACAGAAAUGUAGUAAAAUAUGUUCAGAUAGUAAAACAGAAGCUGUGCCAGUAAAAUUAGGUGAUUUAUUUUUAUUGGCCAUUGUUUUUGCCUGAAUUAAAUAUUAUAUUAUUUAAUAGAUUAUUUAUUAUUACCUUUCAGUAUAAAGAGUCAAUGGGCUUGAUAUUUUUGGCACGACCACCUUUAUAUGAUGAAUACAGAUAGUUGUAGAUAUUUGUAUCCAGGUUAGAAAUCACAACAUGAUUUGGUCUUUACCCUAGAAAAAAGGGUGGUUGCAUGAGUACUGCAGGCACAAUUUACGUGUACAUAUAUGUAGUCUCCUACAAAUGCACUAAUUUAUUGGGUUGAAAUGCUAGCAAAGAAUAUCUUAUACAGGAAGUAAGAGCAUUUUGGGGGGCUUUAAUUCUUUUGUGAAAUGAAGUCUUGGUAAGCCCGUGAAUUAAGAUGAAAAAUUUGAAAGUUAAAUAUUUGAGAUAUGUAAUGAGUUAUCAGGGAUUUCUGCACAAUGAUUAAAAGACUUAAUUAUGUCAUUUAUUCUUAUACAGUGGUAUGUGUUGCAUGAACUUUCUUUUUCAUUUAAACCACAAAACUGGAUGUUAGAUGUCCAUUAGAUUAUAGGCACAGUUCCUGUUGAAAAUACACAGUGUAUAAUUUUUCAUCAAAAAAUUAUAUUUAAUGAAUUUUUCUGAGGCAAAGGCUAUUUUUAUGUCACUAACCGACCUUCGAUCCACCCUCCCUGAUGUUCACAAUAGCUCUGUAACAAUGCGAGAAAAUUAAAAAGGUAAUGUUGUUUUUUCAAAUUCUGCAAUCCUUUCGACCUCAGUUACAGGUUGCAUGUGAUAAAAAUUAAGAAAAACUGUGUCAAGAUGGUUAAGACGCACAUGUAUGUGGCAAGGUUUUUCAGGAAGUGAUAGCAUUACUUAAUACCUCAGAUAAGUUCUAUGAGAAGAGGUUUAUAUACUUGUGUUAAUAUAAAAUCUUACGUUUUGUCUCUUUAAUUGCUUUGAACAACGAUCCCUGAAACUGUAUAUUUUGCAAAGCUUAAAGUAGCAUAAGUGAUUAGUUAUAUCUUCAGUGGUGCUAUAAAUUAUAAAAAAGGCAAGUGAUAUUCCAAAACGUUACUGAAUAAGUUUUUUUCAUUUGUUAAUUAAAACGAAAUUUAACUUGAUAGUCUUAUUUUAAAACGUGGCAUUUAUUUAAAAUGUUCAAAUGUCUCACUUUUUGUGUUAAAUAACUUUUUCAAGAUUUUUCAUUUUUAGACACGCACAACAAUGUCUUUUCUGACGCGAGGCCAACGAAAUUUUCAAACAAAUGAAUCAGCAUUUCAGUUAUUAUUUACAUAAAAUUUUUCAGGAAAAUUAUUAAUUUGCGUUUGAGUGUAUUAGCAUUAUUACUGUUCUUUAGGAUUGGUUCUCAACUUCUCAAGAUAUUUAGUUGAUUGUUCGUUUUGUUAUUUGACAAAUGGCAACAGUGAAUAUUUUUUCUUUAUCAAAAACGUUGCAGUUUCUUGUUUGUAUCAAUGAUGUAUACCUUUUACCAAAAAGUAUCUAAUGUGUUAUUAAUUAUUUCUCUGAAUCUGCCGGAAACGGAAAGCAUUGGGAUUUAUUCUUUAUGUAAAGUUUUCAUAGCGGGCUGAUUUAAAGAAUAUGAAAAAGGCAGUUAACCAAUAGGGCAGGGUAUAUAAAUUCAGCGGUUUGAUCAAGUCGGCGACCUGUGCACGUACAUUUUUUGUACGUAUCACCUGUAAUGGUAGGCCUAUACAGGGCAAAUGGUAAUUUAUCCCGAGCUCAACUUUGAAUUUUAAUUAUGCUGUAUAGAAAUUAAGAUUUUGCAUCUAGUCGUAUUUUACUUAAAUUUCAAUCUAUUUAGGAGCUAGCGGUUUAGUCUAUUAGACGACUUUUUUCAGAAGACCGGCUGUAGUUUACGAAAGGGAGGCACAAUGCCGUCAGUUAGGCCUAGACAAAAUUGCAUGUCCGUUAAUAUAAAAGGAUUAAAAAUGUAACUUUUUACAGUAGUAUUGAGCUCUCUUUUCACAAGUUUUCAUAUCGACACAGAACUUAUCUCAACAACUUUUGUUGCUUAAUAUCAUAAAUAAAUAGACAAUUCAGUGUAAUUUUUAGAUAUAUACAGUGUAGUAUAUGUUGUUUAUUGUGCCAAUGUCAAAUGACACGUUGAAAGACGGGUAAACGUAGUGAAGCGUGAAAGUAAACAGAAUAUGCAUGUUCACAUUGCAAAGCCUGGGAACAAUUUACCCCCUACCAGGGUCUCAGUUAUUUUUGUGGACAUUUUUUGCUCAAUCGACAUCAGACCAAAAUGACUGUCAAUUUAUCUAGAGACGUAUCUGUGAACAUCUUUGAAAUAUCAAUCUGUGGCCCUGGUAGAGGGUAGGAACAAUCAGGCUAGUCUAUACCGGUCAGUGCUUUCAGACGCACAGAUAGAGGUUACGUUCAUAUGUUAUACAUCUCAUCUCGAGUUGUUCAGUGCAAAAUAACUCGAUAGUUACUUUGUGAACUUCAUUACCUUAUAAUGAUAAUGCAUUGUAUUCCGUGCUGCAUAUACAUGUAGUUCAUUGUGAUCCUUUAAUAUAUUACGUAAAUGUUUAAACGGGUGCAAUUGAAAAAUUGAAAAAAAAGUUGUUACAUUUUCUGAAAAGGAUGGAGAGAUUAGAUUUGUUUGUAUUUAUGAGAGUGUAUCUUUAUGCCAAAGUUUUAUGUUACCCAUAACAGUUAAUUAUAAAAGAAGACAAGCUAUUUUUGUGUCAA